AUGAGGGCUUUUUAUCAUGAUGAUGAUACCAUAACUGAUUAUCGUGAAGAUCAUGAUUCAGGUAUACCAGUUUCUGAACAAGAAUUAUUAAAACUUGGAUUAAUUUAUCAUAACCUAGAUUCUUUAGAGAAAGUUGAUAAAUUAGCCAAUGAAAGAAAUUAUCAAAAUAGAGAUCAAAUUGAAAUAAGUCCAACUUCUUUUGAAACUCCUGAAAUUUUAAAAUCAAAAUUAGAUAAUUUUUUCAAAGAACAUAUUCAUGAAGAUGAAGAAAUUCGUUAUAUUAUUGAUGGUGAAGGAUUUUUCGAUGUUAGAUCCAAAGAUGAUAAAUGGAUAAGAAUUAAAGUUUUCCAAAAUGAUUUAUUAAUUUUACCUCCUGGGAUUUAUCAUAGAUUUACUUUAUCAAAUAAAAAUUUUAUAAAAGCUUUGAGAUUGUUUAAAGAUGAACCAAAAUGGAUCCCAUUACCAAGACCUGUUGAUGAUAAUCAAUAUAGACAAGCUUAUUUGAAGUCUAUUGAGACUUGA